CAAGAAACCAUAACAUUAAAUUGGUUAGAUUCAUUCCAUAAUUAAACAAUGCUCAACAAAUAGGGUUUCUAACUACCAGUUCUAUAUUCCCCUCAGUUGAAACACCCCUCUCCUCUCCUCUCCUCCACCGGCCACCAGCAUCAUCGACACACACUGCCAGCUCCCCAAACGGGUUCGUCAGGAAAAACUUGUUUGAGUGAGCAUCAAUGGAUCCACAACCUGAACCGGUUACCUAUAUCUGCGGAGACUGUGGGCAAGAGAACACAUUGAAGCAUGGAGAUGUGAUACAAUGCCGGGAGUGUGGUUAUCGCAUUCUUUACAAGAAGCGAACCCGAAGAAUUAUUCAGUACGAAGCUCGCUGAAAGUGGUGUUCGGAGAAGGGGAGGGUAUGAACAAGGAAUCUCAUAAUCAGUAGUUAUGCGUUUUGUAUAUGGUUGAUUAUAUUAAGUGUGGUUAGUGAGGAUUUGAAGUAACACUAAGUUCUGUCCAUGGAUGCUUUGCCUAGUAACUAAGUGAUGUCUUGAUUUAGAACAUCAAAAACGAAUUCAUACUUUUAAAAACUGUCUAUAUUAUUGUGACUACUUUUUAGUGAUUUCUGGUUAAAUGGUGAA